UAAUACAUACACUAUCUGUCUAACUAAUGAGUGGGUCAAAUCCUGUUGAUGAUAGAGCUGACAGUAGGAGACCAACACGUGCACAGGCGCUAAGGGUACCACACGUGUACCAGGCCUUGGAAGCGGGAGAAGAAAGACGGCUACGUAGAGCCCGUGCUCUAGCAGCAGGACUACAGGAAGCAAACAGAGCAGCAAGAGAGCAGGCAACAGCAGCCAGAGCAGCUGCGAUGGCUAACGGCGCAAGCUCUACUGCGUCAUCGUCUGCGUCCUCGUCAGGGACUAGUGGGACUCAGUUGGGAAUGCCACUGAGUUCCACAAGUUCCACGGGCACUUCCGGUUCAAUAGGGCCUAGUCAGUCUUCUAGUCAAAUGGCGGGCACGCAGUUCAGCCCGUUGACCCCACGUGAGAGGGAGCUCAGAGAGAUCCAGCAGGUCGAGAGGCUCCGCCAUAAGUUAGUGCAGGACCUGAAAGAUGCUACCGAUAGAGAAAAUGCGAUGAAAACUAGAGCAGCCAGGCUUGAAACUUUAGAGGCUGACAAGGCUGAACUAGAGGGCUUGGACGAGUCAUCAAUGAAUGACCACAUGAAAGUUCUGAAGAAGAAUAUGCUGUCACUGCACGCACACGUGGACAACAAAUUAGACUUCAUGCAGAGCACUCUAGACCAGAUCCUGGAUGUUUUGACAAGGCCAGGAUUCCGGCCACCAGCACAAUCGUCAUUGCCGUUAUCGGUGAUGUCAGGCCCCUUUCCGGUUCAAGCUGGCACACAACCAAGUGGUACGUCUGCAGCAGUCUCACAGACUGUUGCAGCUUCUUCUUCGGGUCCAGCGGUGGGAGCUACACCACUGCAACAACAGGCUAGUCCUCAACAAGGACAGCCACAAGGUCAAUGGUUCCCUAAGACCCCAAUGAAACCGCCUCUUCCCUUUUCAGGAGAGGGGAGGGACGAAGAACUCAACACAUGGUUGAGAACCGUCCCGGUUUAUGUGAAGGCAAAGAGGACCUUGCUGGAGGAGGAAGUGGUUACUGCGUCAUCUUACCUCAUAGGUAAGGCAGCCAAGUGGCUAGAUGGUGUAGUGAUAAAGGCCGGGUACGGGAGACGUAUGGCGGAAUGGGCUAGUACUCUAACGUUAGACCAGUUCAUGGAAAUGGUAGAAGCUCGAUGGCAUAAUCCACAGGAGGCACAAAAGGCCACUGAUGCGAUUAACAAGUUAGACAUACGAAAAUAUAAGUCAGUCAGAGAGCUUACGACUACCGUUGAGAGCCUGAUCCUCGUCCCAGGCGUACACUACAGCGACCAGUUCCUGUUAACUACGUUUGUCCGAUGUUUCCCAGAGAACAUGAGGAACUUGCUGGCUAAUGAGGCACGCACUGAGUACCAUUCGUUUGAGACGUUGUCUAGGAAAGCCUUAGAUUUAGAGGCCACGCUAGGCAAUGCUCAACCAACCUCCCAUAAUGACACGAAGAAGAAGAAGAGUCCCCACGAAUGGAAGAAGAAGGGGGCGAAGUUGAUGAUGGUUGAGUCCGAUGGGACUCAAACUGAGAUCGAUGAGCUCUCUGACCUGGUGGACUAUACAGAGUUUGACGGCGAGGAGGUAGCUGAGAUAGUCACUGAGGUCAGAUCAUUCUUAGGAAUGAGCGGCUACUAUAGGAACUUCGUGAAGAACUAUUCUACAGUCGCCUCUCCUUUGACUGAUCUAACUCGACUUAACACGCCGUGGGACUGGAGUGAUGAGUGUGAGGGUGCUUUCAAGAGAUUGAAGCAUGCACUCAUGAAUCAUGAAGUCCUCAUGGUUCCCGAUCCGCAGAAGCCAUUCAUAGUGACCACUGACGCAAGCCAAUAUGGCAUUGGCGCAGUGCUGGCUCAACAGGAUGGGAAAAAGUUGAGACCGAUUGAGUACAUGAGUAAGAAGAUGCCAUCAAAGAAGUUGGCUAAGUCCACCUACGAAAGGGAACUCUAUGCUCUCUACAAGGCACUUGUCCAUUGGAGACACUUCCUUUUGGGAAGAUUCUUCUACCUGAGGACUGAUCAUCAGACCCUCAAAUGGAUCAAGACUCAACCGGCUCUUUCUGACGCACUCAAGCGAUGGAUUGAGGUCAUAGAUCAAUAUGACUUCAAGCUUGAGUACUUGAAGGGAGAAUACAACAAGGUUGCAGACUACCUAGGUGCGCUAGUUUCUGACUUUGGCGUAUCUAAUGAAGUAACUCAAUCAUUGGUGGGAGCCUAUCAGGAAGACCCUGUCACGAUGGACAUCAUCCGCAAGCUUCAGGCAAAAGACAAGGCCACGGAAAGUGAGUUUGUGAUGGUGGAUGGGUUACUCUAUCUUGAUAAGGCCGGAAUAAAGAGAUUGGUAGUUCCAUCAAAUGAACAGUUGCGUAGUUUGUUUUUAGGCGAAUGUCAUGACGCAACUAGGCACUUUGGCUACAAAAAGAUGAGUGCUAACUUAGUACAGCGAUUUUGGUGGCCCAGAAUGUUAGAUGACGCAAAGAAGUACGUUGAGACCUGUCAGGUCUGUCAGCAGGACAAGCCGCGAACUCAAGCACCGCUUGGGUUGUUGAAGCCUUUACCCAUUCCUGAUGGUUCAGGAUUGAGUGUUUCCAUGGAUUUCAUGGACACCCUAGUGACCAGCAAGAGUGGUAAGAGGCACAUUUUCGUCAUCAUCGACCGAUUCACCAAGUACGCUAGACUAGUACCAAUGCCAGAGACAGCCAGGAAGGAAUAUGUCAUCAAGUUGUUCAAGGACAACUGGGUAAGGGACUUUGGUUUACCAAAGACCAUCAUUAGUGACCGAGACUUCCGAUUCACAAGUGAGAUAUGGAAGAAGACUGCGGAACAGAUGGGCAGUCAACUUCAAAUGACUUCAGGGAAUCAUCCCGAAGCCAACGGACAGGCCGAACAAAUGAAUAGAGUUGUACAGCACUUGCUGAGGCAUUACAUCAAGCCCAGCCAGGAUGACUGGGAUGAGCAGUUACCUCUCAUUGCCAGCCUGUACAACAAUGCUAUACAUAGCAGUACUGGCGUUAGUCCUAACCAACUACACUUGGGAUGGAAGCCUAGAUCAGCACUAGACUUCCUCCUACUUGAAAACCGACCUGCUGCAACUCCAAGCACACUUGAAUAUGGUGUGCAGUAUGAGAAGUUGCUGCAAGAGGCUGUUGAACACAUGAAGAAGGCUUAGCAAGCAAUGAUUGCUUCAAAGAAUCAACAUAUCAGACAGUC